UUCAACUUCAAUCAUAUUAGAUAUGAUAUAUACUGCAUAAACCUCUCGUGUACCAAUCAAAGGCCACGGAUCUCACCAUGACCACCAACAAUCCACGCUCAUACCUCAAACUCUCCCUCGUCCUCGUCUACACCACCCUCCUCACCGUCCUCCUAAUCCUCUUCCACCUCCAAUAUUCCAACUCCCCCUCGGCACAACGACUGAUCCUCCCCCUCUUCACCACCACCACCGAAGCCAACACCAACCCUCCUCCUCUCUCACUCCCGCAACUCAAUCACAUUCCUCCCUCUCAAGGACCUCAGCCUCUCCCACACCCCCAAGUUCACCUUCAUGUCCUCGCUCGCCGACAUUCGCCUGCCAAACUACCCCGCUCACCUCCUCUUCCCAUCUCCCUCCUCCGACGACCGCCUCCUCUGCCUGAACCCCUACAAUCGCCACGACGGCUCGAAGAACUCCUACGCCCUCGCGUACCCGAACGCCCUCCCCCAUAACUCCACGCUCCUCCGAGGCCUAACCAUCGUCUCGGACACUCUGUACAGAACAGAGAACAUUUGGCACGGGCUGUCCACGAUAGUCCCGUUCGUAGGGUGGUACCAGAGGAACAAAUGCGUUAACGCGGACAGAUGGGUUUACUUCCAUCACGGCCAGCUCAGGAGUAAGAUGGCGAAUUGGGUCAAUGCCCUGACCGAGGCCACGACCGGGGACGAGGUGAGGAUCGAGGAUUUUGAGGGGUACGGGGGCGGUGCUGUUUGUUUCGAGAGGGCGGUCGUGUUUCGGCAUCUUGAGCAGGGGCUGGAGAGGGAGGGGAGGGAGAGGGUUUAUGACAUGAUGAGGUGCAGAGCCAGAGGGUAUUGCGGGGUUAAGGCGAACGGUGGUAACGGUGGUCAGAUCGGAGUUACUUUGUUGUUGAGAGUUGGAGGGAGAGCGUUCAAGAACGAGAGCGCUGUGAUCGGAGUUUUCGAGAGGGGGUGUGAGAAGGUGGAUGGGUGUGCGAUGAAGGUCGCCUGGUCUGAUAAUUUGACAUUUUGUGAUCAGGUGAAGCUGCUGAGCGAGACAGACAUCCUAGUCUCCAGCCACGGAGCACAAAUGACAAACAUGAUCUUCAUGGACAAAAACAGCAGCGUGAUGGAGUUCUUCCCUAAAGGAUGGCUCGAGUACGCCGGCGUUGGCCAGUACGUCUUCAGAUGGUUGGCGGCUUGGUCGGGGAUGAGGCACCAAGGGCAGUGGAAGGAACCACUAGAAGGCGAAAAAUGUCCUCACAACGACAAUUUCAAGUGUUUUCAUUUCUACAAAAAUGGCAAAGUUGGGCAUGAUGAAGCUUAUUUUGCUACUUUUAUGGCUCGUGUCCUUGAUGAGGUGAAGGCAUCAAAGAAUGACACUAAGCAAGAGAGCAAGGGGAGUGCUGCAUGUCAAUAUUGUGGGUCAUGAGGUUACUCUUGCGUCGAAAGUGUAUAUCGAUCCAUACGAGAGGAUAGAAAUAGAAUUUGAUCAUUGUUUGAUACGUAUAAGUUUGAUGUGCUGAAAGACACCCAUUUUUACAAUA